AUGACUCAAGGAACCGAAAGCGAGGGUGAUUGCAGGUCAAUUUUGAACGAUGAGCAGAGUCUUGGGUGCAAGAAAGGACUUGGAAGAGUUCACAUGGCAGGGUACGGUGAUUUGGGGCCAGAGGAAUGA